CAGGUUUUUUUUAUCAAAAAAUUAUCAUGUUUAUUAACACUGUGUAUGUGAAAACUUUUUAUCGUUAUCGAUGUAUUAAAAAAUACAAUUCGGUUACUCUUACGAAUAAGUAGUAGAUCAACUAUGUACUCAUAUACAUUUCGGCACAAACACUUGUCCAUAUUACACAGAUUCAACGAGAAACCAUAUACGCGUCUGACUCCUGAUUGACAACAUGACAUUAAUGCAUUCAUAUGCACACAUAAACAAUUUGUAUUAAUCCGCGUUUGAUAGAAAUUAAUUCGUAUUAUUUCCGUAUUGCCAACAAAUAUUAUAAACAUUGUAACAUGAAUAUGAAGUUUUAGUUACGUGUCAUACUACAUACAGCAAGAUGCAUUGUUUUCGUCAAAUAAGAAGUACAAUGUUACUUAUUACUACUUGGAAACAAGAUAUUAUAAACAUUACUAUAAACGUGCACAAAUAUAAAAGUACAAAUAAAAAUGUAUUUAAUUCAUUAUAUACUUCUAAAUGGUUUCAACACAGAGAAAAUGUUCCUAAACCAUUACGCGAUACAAAGCCAAAAUCACAGAAAGAUACAGAUCGAAAUUUUCUUGAUAUGAAGCAAGUAAGAACUAUUGGAGGAAAUGGUGGAGAUGGAGCAAUAUCAUUUUUACAAUUAUGGUCAAAUGAUUGUGCUGGACCUGAUGGUGGAGAUGGUGGACAUGGUGGUCAUGUAAUCUUUGAGGUAUCAUCAAAUGUUCAUGAUCUCUCACAUGUAAACAGUGUUCUUAAUGCUGAAAAUGGAGAGAAGGGAAUUAAUAAAGACUGUUUUGGAAAAAAUGCUAAACAUACUAUUGUGAAGGUUCCUUUAGGCACUAUAGUACGUAAUUUAGACGGAAAAAUAGUAGGUGACUUAAAUAAAGAAGGAACAAUGUUUAUUGCUGCUCGAGGUGGUGCUGGAGGCCACGGAAAUGCAUAUUUUAAGUCUGACUUGCAACAAUCACCAUAUAUAAGCGAGUAUGGUGCACAUGGAGAAAGUUUACAAUACGUACUAGAAAUAAGAAGUAUGGCACAUAUUGGUCUCAUUGGCCUUCCAAAUUCAGGUAAAAGUACAUUAUUAAGAGCUAUAUCUAGGGCUAGGCCAAAAGUAGCACCAUAUGCAUUCACUACAUUAAGACCAAACCUAGGAAUGGUAUUAUACGAUGACUAUGAACAAAUUGCAGUGGCGGAUUUGCCGGGACUUAUAUCUGACUCUCAUAAGAACAGAGGUCUUGGUAUACAAUUUCUAAAACACAUAGAACGUUGUAAAAUUUUAUUAUUCAUACUGGAUAUUACAUCUGACAAACCAUGGGCAGAUUUUGAGACCCUGAUGUAUGAAAUUACACAAUUCAAUACAAUGUUAAAUAAAAGGUCACUUCUCAUUGCCGCGAAUAAGAUUGAUUUACCAGAGGCAGCAGAAAAUUUAGAAAUACUUAAACAAAAAAUUGAUUUUCCAAUUAUUCCAAUUUCCGCGAAAAUGGGUAUAAAUAUAUCCAACUUGUUAAAAGAAGUAAGAAUUUUAUACGACAAAGAAAGGGAAGAAAGUGAACAGAAGAAUGUCUUGUAAUACAAAGACGAUUCUAAUUGAUUAUACUGUAUAUUUAUAAUAAUAUUAAUUAAUAAAAACAAUUACAAAAGCCAUUUAUUUAAGGGGUAUAUAAUGUUUUAGAAUU